GAUCAGAAGGUUAACCUGCAAGCUAAGUUUUUAAAUUUCUGAUUAAGUAGAAUUUUCUCUUUUUUCAAAAAAAGAAAAAGUAUUCUGAAGUUGUGUAUUGUUAUUUUCUAAUCACGUGAUCCAUAGUCUCUGUAUAUUUAGAGUCACCUGAUCAAAACAAUCAUUUGGGCUUGUUUUUGGGUGAAAAUCGAAAAAUUAAUAUUUCGGGACACUUUCAGUAUUAAUAAAGAUGGGGGAUAUUUGUUGCAAGCAGCUUUUAUUUAAUGGUUUUUUUUAUCCGUUUUAAUUUGAAUUUUCUUUGUACAAAUUGUAUUUACAUUACUUCCAUUGAAGGUGAUUAAUAUUCGAGUAAAGUGGAAUAAAAAAGAAAGUUAGCUACAUGAGUAACUCUGUGAUUUUUGUUAUUAAUGCCGUUAACAAAAUUAUGGGAACGGAUUACGUCUUGCUGGAAACUCAACUUUACAAAAAAAAUACUACUAAACUCUGUUAAAACAAGCAUCAUUUUUCUUUUGCUAUUAAAUAUGGUAUCUUACAGUAUAGCUUAUAAAAAUGUGACUAUUAAAAUUGACAAAGUAGUAGAAAUAAAUAAUAGUAUAAAUAUAUUUUUGAAGCAAAAACCUUUCCCAACGGGAGAUCACCAACAAAGUUUUCGAAGCGUGAAGAAUAUUGCGAAUAUUGAAAAUAGUUCUUAUAAUAAUUAUUUAGACAAUUAUGUUCAUAAGCUUUCAUUUCUUAGGGACCCUAACAAAAAAGACAGUGUUAGUAUAGAAAAAAAGAGUAAAAAUUCUCCGUUGAAAGAGUUGUCGUCGUCGUGGGCCAUACGUUUGUUAACUGAAUUAGACAAUGAAAAAACUGUUUCAAAGAUAGCUCAGGACUUGGGAUUAAUCAGUCACGGAAACAUCGGGCACCUUCCUGGACAUUAUUUACUUGUCCAUCAUACUUUUUAUAAUCAUUCUCCUGUAGUUGAACGUCGUAUAAAAAACCUACGUUCUUCAAUAACCUCUAGCCUAAGAAAUCAUCCUCAUGUUCAUUGGGUACGACACGAGGAGGUUUUAAAACGAUAUAAAAGGUCACUUCAAUUUAAAGAUCAGUUUUUUCCAUCACAGUGGCACUUGGAUAACUUAAAAUUCAUUGGACAUGAUAUUAAUGUAACAGGUGUAUGGGAAAAUAACAUUACUGGAAAAGGUGUCACUGUUUCUGUUAUUGACGAUGGAGUUGAAUGGACUAAUCCAGAUAUUCUUGAUAACUAUUCAGCUCAAGGGAGUUGGGAUUUAAACUCAAAUGACGGCGAUCCAAUGCCACGAGUAGAUGAAGCUGGACUUAAUCACCAUGGUACAAGAUGCGCUGGUGAGAUUGCAGCAGUUGCUAAUGAAUAUUGUGGUGUUGGUGUUGCUUUUGGUGCAAAAGUAUCCGGUAUUCGCAUUUUAGAUGGACCAAUGACAGAUAGUUUAGAAGCAAUGGCCUUUAAUACAAAGUCAGAAGUAAAUGAUGUUUAUAGUUGCAGUUGGGGUCCUGAUGAUAAUGGUAGAACUGUUGAUGGACCACAUCAGUUAGCUCAGGCAGCAUUAGCACAUGGUGUUAUGUUUGGUCGUAAAGGUUUUGGAAGCAUAUUUGUAGUAGCAUCUGGAAAUGGUGGUCAUUUCAAGGAUAACUGUAAUUUUGAUGGAUAUGCAAAUUCUAUCUUUACUGUUACCAUAGGUGCUGUUGAUGAACUUGGACAAAUGCCAUAUUAUGCAGAGCAAUGCGCUGCUAUGUUAGCUGUUACUUAUAGCAGUGGACAAGGUCAUCAGAGAAAUAUAGUAACAACUGAUUGGAGACUGGGAACUGGCACUGGGUGCACAGACAGACACACUGGUACAAGUGCUGCUGCACCAUUAGCUGCUGGUGUUAUUGCACUUAUGCUGCAAGCUCGAACUUGUCUAACCUGGAGAGAUGUACAACAUUUAAUUGUUUAUACAUCUGUCCGAAUUGAUAUUGACCCAGAGGAAUGGCAAGUCAAUGGUGCUGGAUUUGCCCACAGUCAUAAGCAUGCUUUUGGGCUUUUAGACUCAUGGAGAAUUGUAACAACAUCAAAGAUUUGGCCCUCAGUUCCAUUUAUGACAUCAUGGAGAAGUAAAGUUAUGAAAGUAAAUGCAGUUAUUCCAUCCACACCUGGAAUUAAUUUAACUCAGUAUAUAACAGUAACAGAAACGAUGGCUGCUGAAGUUAUCUCUUUAGAGCAUGUUACUGUGACUGUGGACAUAAAACAUCCUGUUCGAGGAAACUUAGCAAUAUCUUUAAUUUCACCUUACGGUACAGUCUCAAGAUUAGCUAGCUUUCGAAAAUAUGACAAAUCUCAGGAAGGAUUUAAAGAUUGGACAUUUUCAACUGUGCGAUGCUGGGGCGAAUCCCCACAAGGAAACUGGGCAAUUGUUAUUGUUGACAGAGGAUCUAACACAGAAGAUGGGGUUUUAAAAGCAUGGAGGCUCACACUUUAUGGUUCUUCUAUGACCCAACAAGACAUUGCUGAAAGAAAAAAGUUAGUGACAAAAGCAGUUUCUGGGCGUUACUUACACCUACCUGGUCCACCUUGUCCAACACCUCCAGCAACUCAACCAAAAAAAGACAUUGUAUCUUCUAGAGUACUUAAGUUGGUUCUUUUGCUGAGUGGCUUCUUUUUUAUUGUCUCGUUAUACUUUAUUUUGGACGCUGUAUGCAACUCUGAAAGAAAAAACGUCGAAAGAAGUAAAGCAUUUGAAGCAGAUGGAACCUUAGAAUCUAUUUCAACAGAUACAUUUGAUUUUGAUACAUUUAUUCCUGCCACACUCACUAAGAAUGAUGAACAAAGACUAAGCAAUAUCAUUGAACAUGGUACAGCACGCCCACUUAUAUCAUCAUUCAAUGAGAGCCUUGAAACUUUAAACUACGAGCCAUUAGUUCAAACACCUGAUGAGGCUGCUCGGGUUGCAGAUUUUGAAGAAAGAAUGAAGUUUGCUUUAGAGCAAAGUUUGAAGUUACAGAUGAAACAAUUAGUUCAAAUAGAUGAUUUAAAGCAGGAUAUGGAGGUGAUAAUGCGUGAGAUGUCUGGAAAAGAUUUUUUCAGUGAAAAACCAGGAAGAAAGUGUAAGACGAGAAAAAAAUUGAAAGGAAUUUUAAAAAAACCGAAACAAUGGAAAGAAUAAGGUCGUAUUUAAUUUUCCUCUAUUUGUACCAAUUUGAAAAAAGAAUGUCUCGUGAUAAUUCUGAUGCAUUUGUACAAACGUAAAUAAAAAAAGAUUAGCAUAUCUUUCUACGUUUUACCAGAAGCAAAAGAAAAACGAAAUAAAAUCCCGCCCCGUAAUCGAAUAGACAGAAUAAAAGCAAGUUUUAGUGAAUAUAUAAAACAUCUAAAAAAACAAGCUUUGCGUCAAAAAAUACAGUAUGAAAUUAUUAAUCCUUUCUUGAAAUUUUUAUCGAAACAUUCUCUCUAUAUAAAAGAAGUUAUUUAUAAGACCACCGUAAAUAUACGUUGAGUUCAAGCAGGACUACCAUAAAGAUUCUCGUUUAAGACAUUCAGCUUGAAUCACCAAGCCAUGCAAAAAAAUUGUGAAUAUUUGAUUAUAAAAACAGUUUUUUUUAAAAAAGAGUGUUGUUAAAUAAUAUAAUUGUAAAUAAAUUAGUUUUAUUUUUA